AACUGAAGGUGCCACUCCAGAGCCGCUGGCUAUUCCUGGAAAAGAGGAGGCGGAGGAGAAGGAGGAGGAAGACCUUAGUGUUUCGGUGCGUGGGAGCAGCACCGAAGUUAGGCUUUGGGAGAGUGGGGAAUUUGCCUCCGAUCGCUGCUGUGCGGUGCGCUUGGAGAAUGCGGCUGUCAGCUCCUGGAAGGUGAAAUAGCAAACCCUUAUUUCUCCUGUAAGGUAGAGUCCUCGCUCUCGUCGCAUGUCAGCGUGAACUAGCUCUCGCUUCGCAUCGGCUUUUUAUUUUUUCAAUACGUGUCAAAUAAUAAAAAUCUCUCUUUAUAAUAUAAAAGCCUUUUUUUAACGAAUUGCCUUGGCCAGCACUUGGACUUGUUUGGGUACUGACAGCCCUGAAGUGGCGCUGGCCUGGAGGAAAAUGGAUCCUUUAAUGUAACUGUUUAGGAGAACCGGAUUUAGAACACGGGCUGGAGCAGCGAAAUCAGCUUGGCUGCUGCAGACCCUAUUCCCCAAAUCUCAGAUGAGAGGUGAACGGGGCUUGUGCUAGGCAGAAUUGAAGGCAAGUUCUGCACUAGUGGUCUAAAAUACACACAGUUUGAGACACACGUGUACUGUGAAAGCAUAUUUCUCCAACACUGGUUACAAGACAAGCGGUCGCUCUCCUAGAAGGAAAAGCGAGCCUGUGGUUUUAGAGCAAUCCCUCCUCACCGGCUUUGACUUUCAUUUUAUGCCUGGGCUGCCUUUCCAGCUUGUCUUCUCCUCUGCGCCUUGGGCUCUGGGACCAGAUCCCUUUGCACUAGUUCAUUAGAGGACAACCACCUUUUUUAAAAAAAUUGCAGACUGUCUAGCACAAUUAUUUUCUGCUGAGCAGUUGCUUGAAGGCUUUGUUUUUCGGAGGGGGGAGAAUUGCAUAGAGCAGGAAAUCAUUCGCUAAACAAAGAAAAAAAAAGGGGGGAUAUGCUCUCUGUGAACGAGAAGAUCCAUUUCCAGCUGCAGCCACGGUCCUGGUUCAUGUAGAUCUUUCAGUCUCUACUUUCCAAGUGCGAGACAUUUGCAUUGCAGAGUCAGCCCAGAACUGCAUUCUCCUGACCUGCUGCGGCUUGUGGCACAGAGGUGGUUUCCCACUCUCGCCCUUCUGAUGCGUUGAUUUUUGUUCUGUUUUUUACGAAGAAAAUAGUAUUAACGGUACAGUCAAAGUCCAUGCUCGCAGCAGUCCGGAAGGAUCGGGUCUAAUAUGCCAGUGUCACCCUCCUCAUUGCCGUGCAAGAGCCGCGAUGAAGGAAAAGUCCAAGAAUGCUGCGAAGACUAGAAGGGAAAAAGAAAAUGGAGAAUUCUACGAACUGGCCAAGUUGCUGCCCCUGCCUUCAGCUAUCACCUCCCAGCUGGACAAGGCCUCCAUCAUCCGCCUCACCACCAGCUACCUGAAAAUGCGAGCGGUCUUCCCAGAAGGUUUGGGCGACGCCUGGGGGCAGCCGAGCAGAAUAGGGCCCUUGGAUAAUGUGGCUAAAGAGCUGGGAUCUCAUUUGCUUCAGACAUUGGAUGGAUUUGUUUUUGUGGUAGCAUCUGAUGGCAAAAUAAUGUAUAUCUCUGAAACUGCAUCUGUUCAUCUCGGUUUAUCCCAGGUGGAGCUUACUGGCAAUAGCAUUUAUGAGUAUAUACAUCCUUCUGACCAUGAUGAGAUGACAGCAGUGCUUACAGCACACCAGCCUCUUCAUCCUCACCUCUUACAAGAGUACGAAAUAGAGAGAUCGUUUUUUCUCCGGAUGAAGUGUGUCUUGGCUAAGAGGAAUGCAGGCUUGACAUGUAGCGGCUAUAAGGUGAUCCACUGCAGUGGCUAUUUGAAGAUACGUCAGUAUAUGCUGGACAUGUCCUUGUAUGAUUCCUGUUACCAAAUUGUAGGACUGGUGGCUGUGGGUCAAUCUUUACCUCCCAGUGCAAUCACUGAGAUCAAGCUUCACAGUAACAUGUUCAUGUUCAGAGCAAGUCUGGACUUAAAACUUAUAUUCCUAGAUUCCAGGGUGACUGAUUUAACUGGAUACGAGCCCCAAGACUUGAUAGAGAAGACCCUCUACCACCAUGUCCAUGGCUGCGAUGUCUUCCAUUUACGAUAUGCUCACCAUCUCUUGUUGGUGAAAGGCCAAGUCACAACCAAGUACUAUCGACUACUGUCCAAGCAUGGAGGUUGGGUUUGGGUACAGAGCUAUGCUACCAUCGUGCAUAACAGCCGUUCAUCUCGGCCUCACUGCAUAGUGAGUGUCAAUUAUGUCCUUACAGAUAUUGAGUACAAGGAACUUCAAUUAUCACUGGACCAGGUUACCAUUUCUAAGUCACAGUUUUCAUGCAGAAACUCAAUGUCUACCUCACAAGAAACAAGGAGAGUAGCAAAACCCAAAAGUAAUAAAAUGAAGGCAAAACUCAGAAUGACUCCUUACCCGCAACAGCAAUACAGCUCAUUCCAAACAGACAAACUGGAAUGUGGCCAGGUUGGAAGCUGGAGAUCCAGCCCUACAGCGAAUGCUGGCGCCAUCCAAGAACAGAAUUUCCAUUCAGAAAACAGUGAACUUUUAUAUGCCCCCUCAUAUAGUUUGCCUUUCUCAUACCAUUAUGGACACUUCCCUGUAGAUUCUCAUGUCUUCAGUAGCAAAAAACAAAUGCUGACGUCCAAAUUUGGGCAGUCUCAAGGGUCACCUUGUGAAGUGGCUCAUUUUUUCUUGAGUACGUUGCAGACAAGUGGAGAGCGCCAAUGGCAUUAUGCCAACUCUUUAGUACCUACCAGCCAGUCGCCGUCUAAAAAUCUUCCCGAUCAGCCAAUGAAUGUCGCACGCCAUAAUCUUGCACAGAGUUAUGAAGUGCCCAUACCAAACAGAAGAUACAGCCAAGAUGCUACAUCUGACAGCUUUCCAAGUUGUGCAACAUCCAUGCCAAACAGCAGAUACAAAGAAGAUAUUUACAACUCCAGCAUCAUGAAACCCAACAAAAUGGAAAGCAGGAUACAUCCAUCUCAUCAUCUCAUUAAAGAAGAAAACAAGUUAGCUUUCAGCGGAGACCUACAAGAAAAAGUGUGUGUCAAUGAAAAGUGUUUUUCAAACUCCAUAGCUAAUUCCUUGUUGCCAAAAUCAGAAUGUUUUCAGGCUAAAGCUAUUGGACAAUUAAGUCAUCUCCUGCCAGUGCCAACAGUAUAUGAACAAACAAGGAGAAUAUGUAUGAAAGAACCAAAAUAUGGGCAUAUUAACCAUCAUGCUAUGAAUCUGGAUGAACUAGACAAUGAUGACAGAAUGACAGUAAAGCUUGACCAUGACUCUGAAAAUGAACACAUGAUGGAUACGAGAACUACUGGACAAGUCCCAUUUGUAUUUCUGAACUAUCACCAUGUUUUAGCCAAACAUGGUACAUUUCAAACCUCAUCAUGUACAGCAACAGGACAUGUAGCAGAAAAUUAUGGAUACACUUCUGAAGAGGUAAAUACAUUUAUUUAUAAAAACCAAAGUCCAUCAUCAGCCUCUUCUCCAGAAACCCACAAGGAGACUGCACUACCCCAUUAUAUCGGAACUUCUGUAAUAAUAGCCAAUGGGAGGUGACAAUAAUAGAAAUGUAUUUCUUAAUUAAAAACAAACCCAAACUGUAAUGAUUUCUAAAAAGCAUGAGAAAACAUGGCUACAUUUACUGAGCAUAGCAGAAGGUCAAUGAGGGACAAACUUGUAUGUGUUCUUGGCAAGUAAUGUGUUAUAAUACCUUCAAGGUCAGAAAAAUACACAUCUAGCUUCAGUGUUUCAUUGUUACAGAUAAAUCUCUGGUGUAGACUCUGCCAGUAAGAAGCCAUAUAAAGAUCAAAAUUUUGUUAUUUUACAGUGUGUAACAAAAUUAAAGGGCAAAUGUUCUAUGCCCAGAAUUAUACAGAAGCAACUGUUUUUUUUCUUUUUUAAAAAACUAGGUCUCCAAAAUAUAUUCAAGAUUCUUACCAUUAAUAUAAACCAUAAAAUUUUGUGGUUUAUCUGACAAACACUGUGAAAUACGAGAGCAAUUUCCCAACCAUGUUGUAAACAACCUGACAAAUGAACUUUGUUUAAAAAAUGAUAAUUAAUCUUAAAUAUCCAUGACAUAAUUGCAUGAACUAACCACAAAUCACAUGGUCUUGGAAUGCUUAUUAAUUAUUUUAAUAGUCUAAAACAAAGUUAGAUAAUUCUAGCUUUAUGAUAUAUUUUAAGAGUCAGGAAUUCAUAGCUUGUUGCUAUUAUUAUGUAUUCGAGAGGGAUGAUCAAAAGUCAAACUAGUAGACACAGAUACAGAUGAAAAAGUCUUGUCAUAGCAAGAUUGGCACAACAUGAGAUCACACUGCAAGGACUGAAAAUUACUCCCAAUAAAAAAAUACUGUGAUAAGAAAUAACUUUUUCAAGUGUGCCACUGGAUAUACUGGGAGAAGAUUGUGCACUUUUUCAAACAAACCAUUCAAAAGACUGUCCUGAUAGGAACAUUAGAAAUUUCUCAUUUUAGACAGCAAAGGAAAUAGUGAGGAGAAUUCAGUGAAACUUUGCAAGCUUGGUUCGAAACUUGUCAGCACUUUCUAAAGUUUUGAAAAAGUUCAGGUUUUAGCAAACUGGACUUUCUCAAGGUUGAAUUCUCCUCGUUGACCCCAAGUCAAGAUUCAGGUUUCACAGAUUCUCUCUCACCACAAAAAACUUUGAUGGACAGUUUGGACACGAGAAACCACUGCAAGUUACAAAAAGCAGUUUGAGUACAUUUGUGGUUAGAUAGAGCUGAAUAUUUCGCACAGCUCUCAUGGUUAGGUACAGUGAACUGUAUCCAGGAAAAAGCAUUUCAGAUUAGCAGAAAAUCCCCAUUUACUCAGUUUUGUUUAGUAUUUCCAAUAAAGUACCAAUUAGUUAUUUUCACCUGUCCCUAUGGUGUACAAAUAAGGAGACAUAUGUAUUUACAAUAGAACCUCAUUGUUACAAACACCAGAGUUAUGAACUGACCAGUCAACCACCCCCUUCAUUUGGAACUGCAAGUACACAAUCAGGCAACAGUAAAGGACCCCCUACCACCACCAAAAAAAAAGGUAAAUACAGUACUGUACUGUAUUGAACGUAAACUACUAAAAAAAUAAAGGGAAAGCAACAUUUUUCUUCCACAUAGUAAAGUUUCAGAGCUGUAUUAAGUCAAUGUUCAGUUGUAAACUUUUGAAAGAACCACCAUAACCUUUUUGUUCAGAGUUGCAAACAUUUCAGUUAUGAACAAUCUCCACUCCAGAGGUGUUCGUAAUUCUGAGGUUCUACUGUAUGUAUGUUCUACAGAGAGUAUACACGAUCAGCAUACACCACCUUCUCCAUCACCUCCCCAAAAAUUCUGUGUGUUCUUGAUAAAAUGACGAAUGACUCCCUAAAAUAACACGUAUAAACAUUAACAAGUACAAACAAUGGAAUCAGAUGGUGUUUUAUAGGAAGACUGCAUUGUAAAGUUGAGUCAGCAUUAUCUAGCUUCUUUUUUUAGUUCCAUUCAAGGCUAGAUUACAUAUAAAAGCUUUUAUCUGCCACAGCUAAAUAUAAAUGUCUCAUGCUCUGUAGGAGUAUCUCUAAAGAAAGUACUCACAUGGCUUGUGCAAUA